CAACACGUUUGCAAGGUCAGCCAAUCGUAUAUCUCAAACACAAUUCUAUGCCAAGUGUUGCUGGGUAUACAACAUAAAAACAACUGAAUUUAAAACCCACAUCAACUAGCAGCUUCAACGGCAGACACGGUGUCUGCAUAAUUUUUUUUUUAUUCGCACGCAUUUCCGCUGCUCCAAAUCCACUUUUUAAAACAAUGGCAACUGACUGCGAGGCAUGGCUGAACGCUAACCCCCUUGACGCAGACGAUCUGAGUGACUCUUUCCUAUCGGGCGAAGAGGAGAACGGCAUUAUCACCAAAAACAUCAAGAACGAAAUAAAUGGCAACUGGAUUUCAGCACCUAACAGUAUCCACGAGGCCCGUCUCAAAGCCAAAGCGAAGAGGCGGCUGAGGAAGACUUCUUCUAGAGACUCUGGGAGAGGGGACUCGUUUAGUGAGAACGGGGACCCCUCCCGGGGUACUAAUGGCACCGCACCCCCCACCAGCCCCAAGAGCAAACUGCUGGACAGGAAGUCUCGGGCAGGGAAGGGAAGAGGACUUCCAAAGAAAGGUGGGGCGGGGGGCAAAGGGGUGUGGGGCCCACCUGGAGAAGUGUACGAUCUGGAGGAGGUCGACGUCAAAGACCCCAACUAUGACGAAGCUCAGGAGAACUGUGUGUAUGAGACGGUGGUUCCUCCGCUGGAGGAGGGGGCCUUUGAGAAGACGCUCACUCCCAUCGUGCAGGAGUACUUUGAACACGGCGACACCAAUGAAGUAGCGGAGCUCCUGGGUGAACUCAACCUAGGCUCCAUGUCUAGCGGGGUUCCCAUGCUGGCUGUGAGCCUGGCCCUGGAGGCAAAGGCCAGCCACAGAGAGCUAACGUCCAGGCUGUUGACGGACCUGUGUGGCCGCGUGCUGAGCCGUAGCGACGUGGAGAGCUCAUUUGACAAGUUACUAAGGGAGCUGCCUGACCUGGUGUUGGACACACCUGGAGCCCCUCAGGUAGUGUGUGUGAUAUCGCGCCGUCUAAGAAUAGAAGUGUUUGUUUGUAUCUGUGAAAAUGUCUAAUUGACCGUGGAGGCCAAUGUGUUGGACCGUGUGCCCUUGUGAAUGUUUGAGUGACUUAGCAGGCACACUGCAGUGUGUAUAUGUGAUGUCUUUUAUGCAGGUGAUGUGCUUCUGUGUUCUGUUCUGCAUGCAAACUGGACCAGUCUCUCAGAACAGAACACAUAUAUGUUCUGUUUGGAAAUUCUAUAUGCGGGUCAUAAAAUAAGAGCCUUACAGUUAAAAUAGCCAUCUGACUGUUCCGAUCUACUGUAAAGUCAGACGCACUGUUCAAACAUGGUAUUUAUUAGGGAUCCCCAUUAGCUGUUGCCAAGGCAGCAGCUACU